AUGGCGGAAAGUCGUGCCGAAGCGCUUCAGGCCCUUCUGUCUUCAAUCUCUCCGGACGAUGCUACAUCUGAGCCUCAAAUGACACCAGAACAGCUAUCGCUGAUCUCUGACAAGCUUGACAAUCUGCUUGGGGAAGCUGUCAAGGACGCGCCACAAGGUGAUGGCUCCGAGUUACUCAACGAGGAGGGACUACCUAUCAUCGACAUAACAGAACCUGUAGCUGGUCCGGAUGCCUCGUCCGCACCUGAAGAAUCGUUCACCGUCCCAGACGCCCCAGUUACUCCUCUUCCAACCUUUGCCUUGCCUGAAGAUGAACGUGCUCGUGAACACGCCGAGAUGGACGAAUUUUUCGAUAUGUUGGAAGAGGAAGAGGAGAUUGAGACCGCCCGCGACGUGGAACGAGAGCAGCAGCGCGCGAGGGAGGAGCACGCGCGAAGGAAAGCGAACGCGGCGAAAGAGCUGGAGCGCCUGCGCAAGGCGAAAGAGAUGCAGAAAAAGAUGGGAAAGGCGUUACUUGGGGGACUGUCCGAGGAGCCUUCACCCUCACCUACUGCCACCGAAGAACAUCAUGGCGAGACGUCGGCUAAGACUGGCAAGAAGGUCGCGUUUGCUGAAGGGACAGCAGAAGAGAAACCUACCACCGGCACGCUCACUCCCGGGUUUCGCGCUGUUCACUCCGGUCAACCCAUGAAAUUCCAGGUGGUUGAGCGGCGCCCCGCAAAGCCUUCACAAAUAGCGUCCCUGCCUCCACAAGCAACACAGGUGGACUCAGAUGACGAGUCCGCACCCGGCUCUCCCGUACCCGCCGACUCGGACGAUGGCGGCGCUAUACACUCCGACCACGAGUCUCCGCUAACUUCGGAGCAUGAACUCUCGGACGACGAGAUCGAGGAGGAUCCUGUUUUGGAGGAUGACAUCGACAUCGACGAGGCGGCGCAUCAGCGGGAAGUAGCAUUGGCUUAUUACGAGAAACGAGCGUCCUUAGGUCAAGAGGCAGCCCGCGCGAUGAGUGCCCAUUCACACGAGCCUCAUCAAGGCGAACAUACAGGAGACGAUGAAUGGGAUCAACCUGAUGUGCCUCUGGAAGCAACGCUAUCUCAACCCGCGCCGAAGAUCGCCUCGCGUUUCAAGUCCUCGCGAGUCCAGAAAGCCUUCAAUACGUCUGUCCCGUCGUCUACGCCCUCGACCUCCCUCGGCGCAUCCAUCCUUCCCGAAGGCACCAGCGUCAAAGGUGCCGUACGCCUGGGCAAACUAGACGGCGAUAAGCUUGUUGGCGGUGAAGGCGGAGAGAGCGGCAGCGACCCAGAAGACGACGGCGAGGACGUGCGUGAGUUCAUGAACGCCCUUCGGCGCGGAGAUGUCACCAAUGCCGGAACCAUCGAGGCGAACACCGACGCGUUGAUGGCGACUCUCUACGCAGCAUAUGGUGCGCCCGCGGACGUCGUAAAGAAAUCUGUUGCGUCUGUCGAGUCGACGGCAGCAGCAACUUCGACUGUGCCUGGUCCUUCGGUUCAAGCGCCCGUGCCCGCCCCUACCAGUGCUGCAAAACCUAAGACCUCACGCUUCAAGAUCACACGGAAUCCCGCGCCUCGUACUUCAUCAUACGAAUCGCCUGCAACAACACCUUUGACGGCAGAAGAGCGGUCUUCGCCUAAGCUGCCCACUGGACCUACCGUAGUGGAGCGAACGCGGGCCCCAGUCGCCCCGAGCAGUUCUAGACAAGCCGCCCCUCCGUCGAUGAGCAGCGCGAAAGAGCAGUUAAUACCCGCCACAUCUGUGACAGCGCCCGCUACGCUCACUUCCAUGGACGCGAAGCCCUCCGACCUGCCUUCUCCGGCGCCAACGCCGUCCGCUCCCACAGACAAACCCUGGCUCCGUGCACCUGAACCCGGCGCGCAGAUGCCUUCGAUGAUAGUCGAGUCUCCCUCCUUCGCUCCCCCAUCUAUCUCGAACCGGCCACAACGGCCUCCAACUAUUGUCUCUUCGUCGGUCCUGGAGCGCAAAUCUGGGCCUACCAGGUCUGCACAACCAAGGAGCGACGCCUCCCCGGAUGCCCCACCGGCGAGGGUUUCAAGGUUCAAGGCGAAUAGGUCGUAG